AUGACUGAUCAAACAUUCGCAGCAUUUGACCUUGAUCCUCGUUUGGCUAGAGCUAUAGCUCAAUUGGAUUUCACUCGCCCAACCCCCAUCCAAGCACAAGGUAUCCCUCUUGCCCUUGCUGGUAAGGAUAUUCUUGCUCGUGCUCGCACUGGAAGUGGUAAAACAGCUGCCUAUGCCAUGCCCAUUGUACAAAAGAUUUUGGCUGCCAAAGAGUCAUUGGAUGCCGAGGCCUCUAUCAAAGCUUUGAUCUUAGUACCUACGAGAGAGUUGGCUGAGCAAGUGACAAACCACAUCAACAAGCUUUUAGUCUAUGCAAACCAAGUUGUCAAGGUUGUCAAUUUGGCCGGUCAAAUCUCUGCACAGCUCCAAAGACCUUUGCUUGCAGAGAAACCCGACAUCGUUGUUGCAACACCCAGCAAAGCAUUGACUCAUCUUGAAGCCAACAACAUGGAUUUGAAGGAAUCACUUGAAAACCUUGUUAUCGACGAAGCUGAUUUGGUCUUGUCAUUCGGCUAUGAGGAUGAUGUUCGCAAAAUUUUGAGCUAUUUACCCAAGAUAUACCAAAGUUUCUUAAUGUCUGCCACAUUCACCAAAGAAAUCGAACAAUUGACAGCUCUCGUUUUGCGCAAACCCGCCAUUUUAGCUUUGGAAGACACCCAGGAAGAGACUGAUGCGUUAACACAGUACGUCGUCAAAUGCACCGAGUUUGAAAAGUUCUUGUUUGCCUUUGUCAUUAUCAAAUUACGUCUGAUCAAGGGCAAAAUAUUGUUGUUUGUCAAUGACAUCGACCGCUGUUAUAAGCUGAAGCUUUUUUUGGAGCAAUUCUCCAUCAAAUCCUGUGUACUCAACUCGGAAUUGCCAUUGAACUCUAGAUAUCACAUUGUAGAGGAAUUCAACCGCGGCAUCUACGAUUACUUGAUCGCUACAGAUGAAUCCGAGUUGAAGGGAGAGCAAGAUAGCGAUGAUGAGGACGAGGAUGCUAAGGAACAAGAAGAUCAAGAGGAGGAAGAGGUCAAGUCAGACAAAAAAGCUCACAAGGGCAAAAAGGUCCAACGUGAUAAGGAAUAUGGUGUUUCUCGUGGGGUUGAUUUCCAAGGUGUUGCAGCCGUCAUCAACUUUGAUUUCCCUACAUCUGCCAAAGCUUAUACUCAUCGCAUUGGCCGUACCGCUCGUGGUGGUCAGCGUGGUAUGAGUUUAUCCUUUGUUGUCACCAAAGAUUUAGUGGAGGAUAAGAAAGAAGUUGCUCGUGGAAAGGGGGUCUACGAUGAUCCAGUGUAUCUUCGAGUCAAAAAACAGCAAGAAGCCAAGGGAGCUGAAUUGAAACCUUACAGUUUUGAAAAGAAGAAUGUCUCUGGUUUCAAAUAUCGUGUGGAAGAUGCAUUAAAAGCAGUGAACAAAGUGGCAGUGAAGGAGGCCCGUAUCAAAGAAAUCAAGCGAGAGAUCCUGAAUUCCGAGAAACUGAAAGCACAUUUUGAAGACAAGCCUAAAGAUUUGGAGUUCUUGCGUCACGACCAUGCUCUCCAACCUGCCAAGGUACAAGAUCACUUGAAGCACAUUCCUUCCUAUUUAAUGCCCCGUAUUGCUGUUCCUACUGCAAUGGCCAAUUCUGAGCCCAUUGAUGUGCCAUUCAAAAGCCAAAAGCGCAAAAGAGGCAACUUUAAGAAGGGAGCCAACAAGAAACGCAAGGAUCCAUUGAAGGUUAUCAAGCGUCGAUAA